AACCAGCUUUCUCUCUGACUUUACAGAAAAGGCCACAGAUGGCUCCCUGCAAAGCGAGGACUGGACAUUGAACAUGGAGAUCUGCGACAUCGUCAAUGAGACAGAGGAAGGGCCAAAGGAUGCCAUUCGAGCCCUGAAGAAGCGGCUAAACGGGAACCGGAACUACAGAGAAGUGAUGCUGGCAUUGACAGUGCUGGAGACCUGUGUGAAGAACUGCGGCCACCGCUUCCACGUCCUCGUGGCCAGCCGAGAUUUCAUCGACGGCGUUCUGGUCAGAAUCAUCUCUCCCAAGAACAACCCGCCCACCAUCGUGCAGGACAAGGUGCUGGCCUUGAUCCAGGCGUGGGCUGACGCCUUUCGAAGCAGUCCUGACCUCACGGGUGUUGUGCAUAUAUAUGAGGAGCUGAAGAGGAAAGGGGUCGAGUUUCCUAAUGCAGAUUUGGACGCUCUGUCUCCCAUACACACACCGCAACGGAGUGUCCCUGAAGUGGAUCCAGCCGCCACCGUGCCCAGGUCCCAGGCGCAGCAGAGGACAAGUGCCGGCUCCUUUUCCUCGCCUCCUCCUCCUCCCUUCUCCGCGCCACAGGCCCCGGCUCUGAGUGUGACCGGCCCCAUCACAGCCAAUGCAGAACAGAUCGCCAGGCUGCGGAGCGAACUGGACAUUGUUCGAGGAAACACAAAAGUCAUGUCUGAGAUGUUAACGGAAAUGGUUCCUGGGCAGGAAGAUUCAUCUGAUCUGGAGUUGCUACAGGAGCUGAACAGGACCUGCCGGGCCAUGCAGCAGCGCGUGGUGGAGCUCAUCUCGCACGUGUGCAACGAGGAGGUCACCGAGGAGCUGCUGCGCGUCAACGACGACCUCAACAACGUCUUCCUCAGAUACGAGAGCUCUUCACAGGACCCGUGGGCAUCACAGUGCCACCACCCUCCCUCACGGGGCUCUCCUCCCGUUAGGUUCGAGCGAUUCCGGUCCGGCCGCUUGGUCCAAAACGCCAGUAACGGGGUACUGAGUGAAGUGACCGAGGACAACUUAAUAGACCUGGGGCCGGGGUCUCCCGCCGUGGUGAGCCCCAUGGUGGGGAGCACGGCACCCCCACCUUCCCUCUCAUCCCAGCUUGCUGGCUUGGACCUGGGGGCAGAGAGCGUCAGCGGCACCCUGAGUGCGCUCCAGCAGUGCGCCCCUCCGGACAGCGCUGGCACGUGCGCCCAGACCACAGGGAGCUCCUCAGCCGAGCAGCGCAAGGCGGUAACCUGUGAGGACCCCCAGGCUGCCGGAGGACUCACUUCUGCCCUAGACAGUCGGAAACAGAUCUCCGAAGUGGAGAGAGUUAAAGGUGGGGAUGCUGACCUGGAGCCCAUAGACAGCUGGCUCGUGACCCAAGGAAUGAUCCCCGUUGCGCAGCCCUCUGUCAUGGACGACAUUGAGGUGUGGCUCAGGACCGACCUGAAGGGCGACGACCUGGAGGAGGGCGUCACGAGCGAAGAGUUUGAUAAAUUCCUUGAAGAAAGGGCCAGAGCUGCUGAAAUGGUUCCCAACCUGCCCUCGCCCCCAGCGGAGGCGCCCAGCCCAGCCGCCAACCCCUCCAGCCGGAGGAAGCCCACGCGCUCCGAGGACGCCCUCUUCGCCCUGUGAGCUGGUCUGUGGGUUGGCUCCCAGAAGGCAGGUCACCUGUCUCCCCCCAUCCGGGCACCGGCCACUCCUCCCGUCCCCAGCCCCACUCAGUCCUCAGUCCUGUGCUGCUGUCUCCAUGGAAAUGCCACUGUGUUUGCUCCCAGGCCUCCCGCUAGUCAGGACAGCCUCUCCGGGGAGGUGGGACAGCUGCAGCCAGCGGGCCCCUAACCGCCCCCCACGCUCCCACCACAGGCUCCCCCACCGGUCUCCUCCCGGAGGGCCAGGUGGCAGGGCCCAGCCUCGGGCCAGUCAGUGCCCUGGGGACUGGCUCCUGAGCAGACACUGGGGCUGUCUCUCCUCCGGUCGCUUUCAUCACUCAGCAGUGAGCCCAGACCAAGGCGCCCACACGGCCCACACUCUGCUGGCCGGGGGAGCCAAGGGUAUGGGGAGGGCAGCCCAGGCCACUGGACAGUGGGUACCGGCACCUGCUUAGCUCCUGUGGAAUUGCACUCCGCUGCAGCCCCACUGUGUGCUUCCCUCACGCAGUGCUCGUCUGGGGAGUGGCACGGGAGGUGUCACGCUGCUAGCUUGAGCAAGUUUGUGGGCCUGUGAGCAUGCCAUGCUUGGGGCUUUGGCCUGGCCUUGGCAGCCUCUGCCCUGCCUCCAGGCACCCCCUCCAGACAGCUGGGCCAGGCUGGCAGACCCAGAGGCCUGCAGGGCCAGAGCAGCACCAGGCUCCCGCUAGCUCCUGGCACGGCCCCAGCCUCUCCACAGGCUGUUCUGACAUCCUGACCUCCCUCCCCAGACCCCAGCCACAAUGUGUAUUCUCUCCCAGCCAACCCAGCAGCUAACAGCCUGGGGCCGAGUCCUCGCUGGGUGUCUCCGGCCCUAGGUGAGGCGCACAGAGCCUGACCCACGCUGAGCACGGAACUGUGGCGCAGCAGCUCAGCGCCGCCCGUGACCUCCGGGCGCAGGUCAGUGUCCGGCGUGCACUGCCCAGGUGCUCGGGUCAGACAUGGCCAGGCCACUGUGUGUCCCCAACCCAGGGCGGCAGCCUUUCCCGCCUGGGCUGCAAGUGGAGACGUGCUGCAGGCUCGGACCAGCCCGGGCCACGCUGAACACCCACAGGAACCUUCCUGGUGAGAAGCGAGGCGUGCCCCCCAGAGCCCAUGCCCAGCGUGGUGCCGCUGCAGCCUCCUCCAGAAAGAAGGCUUUGGGGCCAGGCCGGGAGCCGUCUGGCAGGACCAGCAGGGGAUGCGCCACUCCAGUCCUCAGAGGACACCCAGGAAGCACUGGGAGCUUGGCCGCAGCUUCCAGCCCUGCAUCUCUGGCUGCACUCACCCCUGCACCCGGCGGUGGCACGCACCUCUCCUUGUCCGGAGGGAGAGCUCCGAGGCCAGCCUGGAGGCCACACGCCGAAAGUCUGCUGGCUGGUGGCAGUUG